AUGCCUUGUUUUGCAGACACUAUUGUAAGAAUCAAGUUCAGCAAACGAAAUGUAAAGGAAGAAACAGGUUUAAUUUCAGUAUGGGCUGUCAGAACGUAUCCUGUUGGUAAUGAAGAUUGUUUAAUUGAAUUAGUAUUAUUUGUGCCGAUUGAUGGUGAAGAGAGAGAUCUAGAUACACAGACUAUUUUUGAGAAAGAUGAAUUCUAUUCUGUUGGAGGGAAAAUUGUUCCUGGAAAAUACAAUAAUGACGUUAGGCCGAAGAUGACGGUUUCAUCAUCUACACAGUUAAGAAUACUUGAUAAGGUUCCAUUAUUAAAUAGAUGUCCCUUAAAAGUCUCUUUGGUGGGGAUCUCCCAAGGAACGCCAAACGAAAUUAACAACGAUGUAAAUGCAAUUUUCGAGAUGGUUAUAAACGAUUAUGCAGUUCUCGAUUAUAAGUUUAUUGUUAAGAUUAUUUAUCCUUAUCAUAAACGAAGGUUUGAUUAUAUCAAAAAUAGUAUUAAACCACUCGAGUCAAUUAUUUUUGUGGUUGGCAUAAUGGAAAUUAUUGAAGGUAAUUUUUACGUAUAUGCUAAUGAGAUCAACAAUAUUGAUAUUGCUAGGAUAAAUGUUAGUGAUAAUAAGAGUCAGACAGCAUCAAUAAAGUCUGCGCGAUCAAAACUUUUGUUUACUUAUCAGAACAUUAAGAAUGUAGAAAGCAGUUCUGAUAUUAAAGCAUCAUCGGACGAUAUUGCGAAUAAGUAUCAAUACGAAGUGUUUUCAGAUGAUUCGUGUUCAUCAAGAUAUAAAAAAGGCAAAGACGUAGAUAGGGAUAUCGAGAAUUUGGAAGAUAUUAGAAGUGUUGCGCAGAAAGUCGAUUUUACAGAUGAAAUAGAAGAAAAAGUGAAAGAAUCAUCUGAUGAUAGUGAAAGUGAAAAAAAGUCUCGAACUUAUCGAAAAAAUAAAAGACACAUGACACGUAGUUCAAUUUAUAAGAAUAAGAAGUUACGAAAAGAUGUGGAUGAUAAUGACGACGUAGAAUAG